AUGGCGGCGAGUCUAGGGUUACGUCUCAGGGCGGCUACAUCGACGUUGAGGAGCGGAGCAGCUGCUACUCUUCUUCCAAGGACUUGGUCGUGUCGCGGAUUGUGCUCAGAAGCAGAGAACGAUGUUCCAACAUCAGGAAUCGGGAGACCUCUGGCGAAGAUACUCAAGGAGCUCAACAAAAAGGUUCCAGAUUCCGCCAUCAAGACCCGCGUCGAAGAUGGCUUCUCCAUGAAAUACAUUCCUUGGCAUACUGUGAAUCGGAUUAUGAACCUGCAUGCUCCAGAAUGGUCAGGUGAAGUUCGGAGUGUUACUUACUCUCCUGAUGGUAACACCGUCACUGUUGCUUAUCGUGUCACUCUCUACGGCACUGAUGCUGAGAUUUACAGGGAAUCAACGGGGACCACUUCUGUAAAUGACAAAGGCUAUGGCGAUCCUGUGCAAAAGGCUGAAGCAAUGGCGUUUCGACGUGCCUGUGCCAGACUUGGAUUGGGGCUUCAUCUCUAUCACGAGGAUGCUCUGUAAAAUCUCGCUUUUUUUUAACCAUGUGAACAAACUAUAUUCUGGGUGUUACCACUGCUUUGGUAGCAGUAGUCGGUAGAACGUAAGGAAGUCAAAGUUUUGUAUCUAUUGAUUGUUGCCCUUAGGAUUUGAAAUCGGUUAAUGCUAUGAGCCUUGGAUGACUUUUGCUUAUAUUAAGCAGCUCUUGUUGCGCAUA